AUGAUGCGUGCCGUUCACGUCGCGUUCUUUUUGUGUUUGCUUCUAAUUACACAGCCAGCAGUGGGGAGAAUCGACGUCGCGCGUCGUCCAGCAGGCUCCUACUGCGGGGAUUACCUUGGCGUGGUCAAGGGACGCAUCUCCACCGGCGCAGCUCGUGACACGUUUGAUAUCUGGCUUGACGCCUUUGGCGACAAGUACAGCUGCAAAAAAGAAAAAUACACCUUUGACGAGCGCACCAACCAGAUGACGGUCGUUGGCGCAACGGACCCCAAAGACUGCCUGGGAAAAAUUUUGAUCAAAAACGGGCUCUCACUGACGGUGUCGUAUUCCCCGAAGGAGGACGUCCUUGACCUGGACCUGGGCAUCGUCAGGCUCCAGCUCACGGCGUGCGCGUGA